UCUUAGAGGGGGCUGCGGGGAUCAUGCCGGGGGGGCUGCGCCUCGGCAUCGCUUUCUCCUCGCCCUCCAUGGAGCCCGGACUUUUUUUACAAUGACUUUCCCUGAGCUGAGUAAUGGCAGCUUGAGUGGGAACCGGACGGGACAGGGCAGCCAAAGCGGUGCCAACCGGUCCUGGGGGCUGCAAGGUGAGGAGACCCCCGGGGGUAACGGCACCACGCUGACUUUCGCCUUGGACGUGCAGGCUGUGGGCGUCGGGGUCUUCCUGGCCGUCUUCAUCCUCUCGGCCAUCGUGGGGAACAUCCUCGUCAUCCUCUCGGUGGCUUGCAACCGGCACCUGCAGACGGUCACCAACUACUUCAUCGUCAACCUGGCCAUCGCCGACCUUCUCCUCAGCACCACCGUGCUGCCCUUCUCGGCCACCUUGGAGGUGCUGGGCUUCUGGGUGUUUGGGCGCAUCUUCUGCAACAUCUGGGCGGCGGUGGACGUGCUGUGCUGCUCCGCCUCCAUCAUGAGCCUGUGUAUCAUCUCCGUGGACAGGUACAUCGGCGUCAAGUACUCCCUCAAGUACCCCACGAUCAUGACCGAGAGGAAGGCGGUGGUCAUCCUCGUGGUGGUCUGGCUCUCGUCCAUGGUCAUCUCCAUCGGGCCGCUGCUGGGAUGGAAGGAGCCGCCACCGCCGGAUGAGAGCAUCUGUAGCAUCACGGAGGAGCCGGGCUAUGCCCUGUUCUCCUCCCUCUUCUCCUUCUACCUGCCCCUCAUGGUCAUCCUGGUGAUGUACUUCAGGAUCUACGUGGUGGCCAGGAGGACCACCCGGAGCUUGGAAGCAGGGGUGAAGAAGGAAAGGAAUAAAUCCAUGGAAGUGGUACUGCGCAUCCACUGCCGCAGCGUGCUGGAGGAGCCUCUCUCCAGCACCCGGAGCAAGGGGCACAACUUCAGGAGCUCCCUCUCUGUGCGGCUCCUCAAGUUCUCCCGUGAGAAAAAAGCAGCCAAGACUCUCGCCAUCGUCGUGGGUGUUUUCAUCCUCUGCUGGUUCCCCUUCUUCUUCGUCCUGCCUUUUGGUUCUUUCUUCCCAUCUCUGAAGCCCUCUGAAAUUGUCUUCAAGGUCAUCUUCUGGCUGGGAUACUUCAACAGCUGCGUGAACCCCAUCAUCUACCCGUGCUCCAGCAAAGAGUUCAAGCGAGCUUUCAUCAGGCUGCUCAAGUGCCAAUGCCACCGGAGAAGACGGCCCAUCUGGCGCGUCUACGACCACCACUGGCGAGGGGCCUCUGUGAACAGCUCGGUGCAAGACUCCGAGACGGACCUGAGGCCCAGGAUUAACACCCUGAACAGCUCGUUCAUAUUUAACUCCUCCUUGCAGGAGAGAGCCAGUAAGAGGCGAACACUCAGCUUUAAGGGCUGGAAAAUGCUCACUCCUUUCCAGAAACCAGCAUCCACCCAGCUGAAGGAGAAGAUGAACAGCCUUUCCAACAAAAUCCGGGGUGGCUCCAGCAAAGGGGGGGUGACAGCCACCUACAAAACAGAGGUGGAGUCUGUCUCUAUCGGGAUCCCUCAUGACUUCACGGAAACCAUCGACUAUCAAACCUAUGACUUAACAGACUGCUGCGGGCUGCGAGAAACAGAUAUUUGAAGCCGCUAGGACAGCUGUCGAUGGUUUCUUUAGAGGUAUCUAGCAGAAACGUGAAGGGAUACCAUUUGUGGGUCUGUCAGGCAGACUGGAAUCAGCAAUCAGGUAUAAAAUGCAGUUGCCCAAAGGUUAUACAAGCAUCCCCCACGCAGAGGUCAGCCCCUUCUGUGGGAUUAUGGGUUCCUCAAAUAAAAGCCAAUGGCAUAUCCCAUUUUAAUGAGCCACAGCAGGAGGGGAAGAUGUGGGGUGGAUAUGGCCUUAGGUGAAGAGCUGUUUCCUCCAGUGGAUGGUUAUCUUUGACUUUGGAAGAAGCUGUGCAAUUAAGGGAAACCAGGAUGUCUCCUUUGCCUUAAAAACACCACCAUAACAUCUAACGGAAAGAUCAAACCCCAAAAGAUGCCAACCCUGCCUUAGUACAUGUGAUCAUGUUUCCAUCCAGAGGCAGCACCCAGAAAGCACGCUGCCGAGCAGUAGCUGGCAGCUGAUCCUUUAGAUUAUAGGUUGGGAGCUUGUAGGUCUACAGGGCUGGACAGGACCUCCAGCCGAGGCCUUUGCUUUGGAGGCCAAGCAGACUGUGGUAUUCCCAAGCAGGGUGGGGGGAUCCUGGCUCUCAGCCAUCAUGUCUGCAGUGACCACAGCUUUGCCCCUUCCACAUAACCUGGUUUUAGGCCAGAGGAGCAGUCCAGAUGUGUACGCUCAUGUCAAUGGUUGUGCAGGUCCGUCUUCUCUAAUUCCAACCUGUGAUGCAUUUCUUAUUUCACUUUCCAGCGAAACACUUGCAACCCACCUUGCUCUAGUGCACAUCCAUCUGUGAUACAGCAAGAAAGCAGCUCCUUUUGGUGUCAGUCAUCCCCAACCUUUUCUGUCCCCUUCUUGCUCUUGUUGUUGUUGUCUCUCUCGAACAACACGGAAUAAAGAUGCGUCCUAGGGGUUUUGCUCAAGUCCAUAGUCAACCUGCGCUGUGACUCAGGAAAGGUGAGAUGGUGGAGUUUGGGGCCCGUUUCUACUACCCGUAGAGUCAAAGCUAAAAGGGAGCUGGCAUGCAGUUGGAGCUCCCUUGUGUAGAUGGAUCUUCUCCCCAGUCAGGGUCACUCCCAUGACUCUUCUCUCAAGUGGCUUCCCACAUAUCUGAUACAUCAAAGCCUUCGGUGACUAUCAACAAUUGCCCUUGGUUAUGUCCACUAGAAUGGUCAAAGACAAUGUCAAUAAGGGGGGUUUUUUUGCCCUGCUCACAGCCCCAGAGUGUGAGCUCCCCUCAGGAGGUCACCAUGGCCUCCUCCAGGGGCCUCAGGGACGUUGGAGCCAUGACAAGCCCACCUUGGCCUGGCUCACACAAAUCGUGCUUUGCAACUCAGAAAAUGGUCACCCAAACUCUACUUGGCCAUGCAUUGCAGGCACUGGUUUUACUGAAUUUCAGACAGGCAAGGAACCACAAAGAACGAUCAUCAGAUUAAGCCCUGAGCAGAGGCAGGAGGCAUGGAGGUGAUGGAGGCAAAGUCUGGAUCUGAGGUGCAGUGUCUCAAGCCAGGUGACUAAAGAACAGGAACACGAAGUUGAGAGGUGGAAAUAUGACACUGAAGGUGUCCUGGAUGGAAACUCAUCCACAUCAGCACUGUCCCCCAAACCCAUUAGGAGUCUUUCAUGAAUGUGCCUGCAGCACAUCUAGCUAAUCCUCUUAAGGGUGGCUAUCAAAGGAAGAUGAAAGACUCCUAGGCAUAACAAAGAGAAUGUCACCUUUCUUUCUGCUGUUUAUUUGCUUUAAAGGAAAUCAAAACAGAGGAAAAGUUGGACUUCUUUUAUUUUUUACUUUUUUGUACAGUGCAUACUGAGACAUGAUAUCUGGAGUUGGUCCCAUCUCAACACCCUUAACACCCUUCUGCCCUUUACUCAAUGCCAGACUCUGAACUGGAUAAAUUGCUGCACAAAGACCUGCAGAUUUUGUCCAAAUAUUUUCCUCCCAGCAGCAAAUCCCACCAAGGCACAUGGGCAGCAUUGCACUUACACUGAACCCAGACUCAUUACUGCUUGCAUGUUUACCGGUGUCUGCAAAAUCAGCCAGAGGUUGCCAGCUUGAGGAGUUCAACCCUACUAAAGCAAGGGCCCAGUACCCCAUGGGAACCUCUGUGGUGAAAUGCAUCUUUUUUUUUCCCCAUUUCUUUGGCCUUCAAGGGAAGUGAGACCCUACAGUGAUGAUGGGGUAACACAGAAAGUCAUUUUGCAGUGUCAGGACUGCAGCUACCAGUGGUUUCCCCGGCUUUUGGGGGAUCCUGAUGGGAAAGCACACUGCUGGCACUGGGGACGUAGCAGAGAAGGCAUCAGGGAGAGGGCAGUUGCUGAAGAGCAGAGAUGUGUGGAAGGUCGAGGUGAAAGCAUUACUCCUUCCACCCAUCUCUCAGGAUGCAUGUGGACACAUGCCACUGUCGGAGGGAGUAAAUGCACCCAGAUCUGCAUUUUUGGGACCCUGUUCUGGUGACACUCCUUUGCAGGUCUAACACAUGCAAGUGCGUAAUGUAAGCAAUUUGAGGACACAGUUUGGGACGAGCUGACACAGAUAUCAUCAGAAGUGAAAGCCUAGUCAAGGGGAAGAUGGACCUUUGCCAUUAAAUGUUCUCUGAUGCUCAGGAUCAGGUUUAUCUGGUGUCUUUCCACAGCCAGACACCCAUGGCACAUGGUAACAUGUGCGUCCAUGACCAUAUAGAUACACAUACACCGUUUACUAUAUUUAUUUAUAUAUGUGUCAUCUCCAAAAUAGCAGACAUUCUCCUAUAAAUGGGCAGACAUUCUCCUAUAAAUGGGCAGAUGUUCUCCUAUAAAUUGAGACUUUGGAGGGGCUUUUAACAAUUGCUAGCAAGAAGUUAAUUCCCAUGAAUGAGUUGACAUUAUUGCUUAGACUUCUCCCUGAUCUUUUAAAUAUACUUCUUUCUUUUUUUCCCAUUUUUGAAAUAUUUACAUUUACAGCCUCCAGCCCCUUGAAAGCAUCCAGAAGGGAAAGAAAGAUUAGUCUGGAGGUUUACUGCCUCUCCAUCCCAAUUCUUUACAGACCUAUAAGGGAGAAAAUGAGGAUAAAGUCUAUUUAAGCACACAUAUGCAUACACACACAUAAAUGCUAGAACUCUGGCUCAUUUACUUACUGCAUUUGAUCCGGCUCCGAGAGAUACCCCAGAAGGUGCUGUAGGAAAGUUUUGAGCUCUGCUGUGCUGCAUUCAGGCAAAAUACUUGUUUCUCACCUAAGCCAGAACCCCCUUUGCUUUAGCAUCUUGCACCAGAAGAAGCAAUGCCAGGACUGGACUCUGAGGCUGUUUGUGUAGAGCUUCAUUUAGAGUAGACAGGGCUGCCUUUGCUGGCAGGGGAGGAAGGACAGUGUUGUCUGAAGUAUGAGCUGAGGAUCUAAAAUUGUGCAUUUCUCUUUGAUUCCCUAAAUCUCCAAGCUCUCCCAGAUUUGGAAAAAUGGUCUCAGACCUUCAGCACGUAAAUUUGGUCUGAUCCCACUGACUUCUCUGGACCC